AUGGAUCUCUCUUUUGAGUUCCAAGAAGUCUUCAAUGUCUACGCAUUGUGGAUAUGGAUCGAAGAGGUCGGUUAUCUUAUCUUUCUCGGAUCCUCGUGUUUCUGGAAGCCCUUUCUGCUGGACGAUACAUUAUCCAAAGAGCAACAGAAACUCGAAGACCCUGUGCCCAUUGCCCAAGUCAAUGUACACCAAUCAGUUAUACAUAGCACUUCUUAUGGACGCUUCAUCCGGAAAGACUCUACUGUUAUCCUUCAGGCGUUGUGCAUGUCUCUGAAGCUCGGCGUCCUGGUUACUAUAUCUCAAGAAUCUCUAUCCACUUAUGACUCCAAUUUGGAAUCCAUCACUAUCGUAUACACUGGAACGUCUACAACUGGCGAACAGACCCUUCUGUAUUCGAUCAUUUGCCCGAGGAGAUGA